GUCGCGGGGCAGUGCGCGAGCGGACCUCGCCCGAGACGCGCGCUUUUGCCGCCUCCACCUGUUUGAAAUUCACGCGCUUUGCGUAUAGUCCUGCUACUUAAACAGACAUUUUGUUAUGAUUUUUACAACGGUGUUACUUAAUGCGGCGUUAUCAAUUAUUCUUUAUAGUGGACUUUUGUCAUUGUAAAUUAAUUAAACUGUGCGAUAAAAGGAUUACGACUUGUGUUUUUUUAACUAAGUGAUAAAUAGUGAACCUUUUGAGGAAAUACUGUAGAUAGUCAUUUGUUUUAUCAAGACUGAAUGUGAUGUACCUCAAAAUGUAUAUAAAAUCUGAACGGUUUUAUCAGCAGCCCGACAAUCAGUCGCUGAAAGAUGAAGAUAAAUAUUUUUCAGACUACGAAGAAGAACUUGAUGAUCGUGAAGGCGGCGGCGGCGGCGGGACACGGCGAUGUGCGCGCGACGCGGCCUCCCCCGCGCAUGCGCAUACGCCGGCGCCCGCGCCCGCGCCGCCCUCAAACCCCGUCCUGCCCACGCUGCCCACGCCGCCCACACAAUCGAUGCAGCACGCGCAGUCUAUGCACCACAUGCAACACACGCAGCACACGCAGCCCGCACACGUCAAGAGCGAACGCCUCAGUCCUCACGACUCUACUGCUUCAAGGUCCCGUAGCGUGACGCCGUCGACGUCGUCGUACCCGGGCACUCCGCCGGAGCGUGGCAGCCCGCACGCCGCGCCGCAGCCCGGCCCGCACGCCGCACACCCCGCGCAUCCCGCACACCCGCCCCGGAACUACUCCGACAUCAUGCGCUCGCUCGCCGCGCGGUACAACACGCAUCCCGCCAAUGAUUAUUUUCAUCGGAUGAAUGGCUUCGGCGUGGAAGCCCGAGCAGCGCCACCAUCGCCUGUACAAUCAGAUGCAAGCGAGGUACCUCUCGGUGGCCUGUUUGACAAGCUCACUACACAACAAGGCGGGCCGCUAAGACUGCCGGCAUUCCCUCCCAUGCUGGAUAUGAGCUCAACAAAGACGCUGUUGGCGAUAUCGCGGGUGGGUCGCAGCGGGCGGUCGAGGCGCAAGCGGCUGGUGGGCAACUCCGCGGAGCACUCUCCUCUGGAUCUGUCCGCGGCCAGCGAGAGCGCGGCUAAGCGCGCCCGACUCUCAGCCAGUCCGAGCACGCGGAGCGACAGCGAUGACCGGGACAGGGUGUCUAAUGAAGAUCGUAGCGAGGCGCGUGGUGACUGCUUGUGUGCGGAGGCGCGCGCGCGGCUGACAGGCUGGUCAGUUGACGAUGUACACGACUUCGUCAGCUCUAUAGACAUUUGUGCGGAGUACGCCUCGAAUUUCCGUGAGCAAAGAAUCGACGGUGCAGGCCUGCCCCUCUUAACCGAAGAGCAUUUAACGGGCAUGCUCCAGAUGAAGUUGGGUCCGGCGCUAAAAUUACGAGCGGUGGUGGCUAGGAGAUUGGAACCUUGCGCCAUCUGCCAACCUGCCACUGCCACUAGCACGACUGCCACCGUCACCCCUGCUACGACACCGAACACCACACCGAGGCUCAAUGGCACCGCACUAAAGCCGGAACCGAGGAGUAAUUCAACGAGUCCUAGCUAGAAACUAGAAGCUAGAUAACAAAUUUCGUAACAGCCCGUUUUAAAAUUACUUGCGUACUUGCCCGCUCUAAGCAAAAUGAGGAAUGUAGGCGAUGCAUUUACGAAGUUGUUACUGUAUUUCAUUGCAACAUGACUGUUUCACACGGCCACUUAUUUUUAAAAUCAAUGACACAUCACAUUAAUUUAGUUUUAAAACUAUAUAUUUUUUUACAGACUGUGUUAGGUUAGUUAUUAACAUCUGGUUGUACGCGGUAAUUUUUUAAUACAGAAAUUAUGCAGAUACUGUUUUAAAUUCAAUUUCUUACCAACUCAUACUUUCUGUAAUAU